AAUGCAUUACUUUCAUAUGAGAGUAGACGGCUUGGAAUUCAAUGAAAUUAGUAUUGAUAGAUAUCCACAAAUAUUUACGUCUAAAGAGUUUCCAUGUGCGGGGACUGUAGAAAAAUGGGAGUUUUAUGCCGUUGAAACGGGCAAACUUUCUCUUAGUGUUUGGCGACCCUCUUCAGCGGGAGGAAGUAGUUGGACUUGCAUUGGUACUAAUGUUAUCGAUAUUCAUAGAACUGAAAUAAAUCAUACAAGGAUUGUUCCUGUCAGUCCUGCUAAACAAAUUAUGGUUAACCCCGGGGAUGUCUUAGGGGUUUUCUAUGAACCUUCCGCUAGAAGGACUAAACCGAUAAUAUCGACAACUGAUCAACGCAGUCGAUUAUGUUGUCAGUUAUCCGAAGUUAGGCUUGUUUCUACAAAGAUGUCUCCUAUUGGAGGAAAGACUUAUUCAACGAAACUUUUAGCCACCUACUUUUCAGUUGCCUUAAAAGCUUAUAUUCAACCAGCUUGCGCAAGACCAUCAGUAAUUGAUAAUGGUAAUAUUGAACCAGAUGGAAAUUUUUUCAGAAAGGGCCAACAAGUAAAUUAUAAAUGCUUAAUUGGUCACCGCUUAACUGGUUCACCCGAACUUACUUGUGGAGAUAACGGUGCGUGGACCCCUUCAGGAGUUCACGUUGCUUGCGAAAGAAUCUCUUGCAAAGAACCUCAUUCAUCAACAAAUGUCCAACGAAUAGGCUCUGACUUUCAAUAUGGUAAUAGUAUAAGAUACACUUGCUUAUCUGGGUAUGAACAUAGGAGCGGAGACAUGGUUCGAACAUGUCAAGAAGACGGAACUUGGUCUGGAAAAGAUCCAAUUUGUGGAUCAAUUAGUUGCGAGCCUCCUCAAGUGUAUUCUCAUUCUAAAAUCGCACAAGAACCUAAGGAGUUUAAAUUCAAUUCUCAUAUAGUUUACAAAUGUGACAUUGGAUAUAAAUGGUACAGAGGUUCCUUAAAGAGAAUUUGUUUAAGAAACGGUAGAUGGAGUAGAAAAGCACCACAGUGUAAAGAGAUUCAUUAUUGCCGUGCGCACCCCUGUCAAAAUGGUGGAGUUUGUGAAGAGAAGAUUAACACGUACAAAUGUCAUUGUUCGACAAAGUACAAGGGCAACAGAUGCGAAACUAUGAUAAAUUUUUGCGACGCCUUUGCUGAAAAGUUUAACCAGCCAGCAUGCAAAAGAGGAGCCAGUUGCAUUGACGGGCCAGCGUCGUUUAGCUGCAAAUGCCAUUAUCCCUAUUCGGGACAUCGCUGCGAAAUUAAAACUGAUCCUUGUCAUAGUAAUCCAUGUUCUGGACAUACAAGAAGAUGUACGGCCGAUGAAAAAGGCUAUGUGUGUCACUGUAACGAACCUUUCUUUGGCCCCCUUUGCUUACAGCACAUUGAUUUUUGUCAAAGUCAUCCUUGUCUUCACAAUGGAACGUGUAAAAGUGACAUAACCGGCUACAGAUGCUUCUGUCCGCCUGAAUUUACUCAUGAAUCUUGUCAAGACUGGAAAGAUCACUGCGCGGAUAGGCCUUGUGGUAAACAUGGUAUAUGUCACAAUUACCUAAAUAGACAUGUAUGCGAAUGCGACUCGGGAUGGAAAGGACCAUCUUGUAAUGUGGAGAUUAAUUACUGUUUAAGUGCACCGUGUAAAAAUGGCGGUUGUAAGCCAUUACCAAAUAGUUACAUUUGCCAAUGUCGUGAAGGAUUCUUUGGGCAACAUUGCGAGAGGAGCAUUGAUUAUUGCAGUAGUAAUCCUUGUUCUUAUGGGAGAUGUCUAAAUAUAAUCGGAGGAUUUAAAUGCGUUUGCGAGACUGGAUUUAAAGGUCCCCUCUGCAAAGAUAUUGUUGAUAAUUGCCCCAAAAAUAUUUCAUGUAAUCACGGAGUUUGUGAGAAUAUUGAUCACCAUUGGAAAUGUGCUUGUCAUCCGGGCUAUGAGAAUUCCAGGAAUGGGCCAUGUACACGUCGAAUCGAUUUCUGCGCCUCUAACCCCUGCAUGAAUACUGGAAGGUGUGUAAACAGGGAAUACGGGUGGACAUGCAUUUGCAACCAUCCAUUUGUUGGAAAGAAUUGCCAAUUAGCCAGUUCUCCCAAUGUCCCUGCAUACGACGGCAACAAUCCCCCCUUGGAUUCAACAUCUAUGAAUUUAAAUAUAGGAAAAGGUGGUAACUUACUUUAUCUUUUAUUAGCCAGUGUAUUAGGUGGCGGCUCUAAUUGGCGCUUUCCCCAAUUUUCUGGAAAUGGCCUCUAUCCGCCAGACUUUUCUAAACUUAAACCACCAAUAUCUCCUUCAUACUGCAAAAAAAUUGCAUGUAAUCUGCACUGUGAAUUUGGUCUAGCUCGGGACAGAGAAAGCUGUCCAAUUUGUAAAUGUUUGAACGUGUGCGAGAACAGAAUUUGUCCUCCGGGUUACAUGUGCAAGGCCGUUCCUGUUCCAUGCAAAAAUCAAAUUUGCCUUCCAUUUCCGGUAUGCGUUGAAAUUCAACCCUGCUGGAGUAACCCUUGUCUGAAUAAUGGUAAAUGCGUGAAUUACGCCGGAAAAGCCGGCUGGAAAUGUUUUUGUCCAAGAGGAACUUACGGUGAACGUUGCGAAAUGUCGCAGAGCAUAUGUGACAAACCAAAUGUGUGUUGGAAUAAUGGAGUUUGCCAAAGAUCCAAAAAUCGCCGUGGCUAUAUCUGUAUUUGUUCAGAGAAUCAUGAGGGUCUACAUUGUGAAAAAUUUAGAAUCAGUAAAGCUCUUCUUAAAAAACAACCACUAAAAAGUCUUAGACCUAUAGUUGGAGUGAUUUCAAGUUCAUCUGUAUCAUUGUCUACAAAACUUCGAAAUAAUUGUUCAAAGUUUCCUUGUGCAGUUCCCCACCCUUAUGACGAGAAGAAGUUCUUCCAUUGUGAUUCGAAAACAUGCGCGGAAAAGACAUGCCCUAAACCCUACAUUUUCGACGCUCAAACUAAAAGAUGCAUAAAGAAAAAGUAA